GGAUGAAAAACCGGUCCCGUGGAAUGGGUCGAGAUCUCUGGGGGUCGACGUCAUGAAAAAAUCAUGACGUCGGGGGUCUGGGAGGGGGGCUCGCUGCAGCGCGAGCCGCCGAGCGCCGGUGAGCCGGGCCCUCGGGCGCCUCUCCGGCCCGAGGCGUGCCGGGAGCCGGAUCGAGGCCGCCGCGCGGCCCAGCAGGCGCUGCGCCGCGCGCCCAUGGGAGCGCGAGGCGGCGCCGAGCCCGGUCCGCGAGGAGGGCUGCCGUCGCCCUGGCGACGGAGCCGCGGCGUCUGCGGCAGCGAAGGCGCCGGAGGCGAGGAGGCGCCGCCAGGGCGGCCCCCGCAGCGGGCCGCCCGCCCAGCCUGGGCGGGCGCCGUCGCCGGGGGAAGCUGCGCCGUGAAGCGCGCGCGGGCACGCGGCCCGCCGGCCCCGCCGCCAGGGUCGCCCUCGGCAGCGCUGGGAGCCGCUCUGCUGUCGCGCGGCUGGUCGUAAUUGUACCCGGCCAGGGGCCGCUAGGGAGCAUAACGAGAACGGAACGGGGCCGUGUUUGCUUUCCAGGCUAGGGGCAGGACCAGAUGCAGCCAAUGAGGUCCUCGCAGUCCUUAUACCCGCUGAGUCAACGCAUUCGCAUUUGGAAUAAGUUCCCUCCUCUUCGAGUAUUUCACGUGCAGCCUCCACAAGGCAGGAGACACGUCAAUAGGCAAUGCAGCAAGGGCUGCGGCACCCCUCCUGGUGGGCAUGCGUCCUACCCCAGCGGGCUGUUGCAACUCAGAUAUGGUUGGGAUCGCGGGCGUGAGGCACGAUCAGAUGCUGCCAGCGAGCUCCACGCAUUUCGCGUACCCCGCCGAGUCAACGCUAACUUUGCCGAAAGCCGUCGCCUCUUUCUCGUGUGAGCCGUGCUAGCUCUCUGCCCCGAUCGUUUCAACGUCCUGCCCGUUCGCGCGAUAACCUGCGCGCUUGCGUUUUGUUCCCCCCCCUCACCUCCUUGCGCGAUGACACGUUGGGCAGUUCCUUCCUGCCUGCCCUCCUCCCUCUCCUUCCGCUUGAAGACCCGGUCAGCUCCCCGCCAGGCGUUUUUCCGCAAUCGGGGAAGCAUGCGAGACCUUUGAGACUGGAGUGGACUGGAA